AUGUUGGACCAACUGCAGUCACCUCUAUUCCGCCUCCCCCGGGAAUUGCGCGACAAUAUUUACGAACAUUAUGCGCACGAUGAAAAUGGCGUUUUCUACGACUAUGCCUCGGACAAGCUUCGGUACGAAACCCAAGAAAAACAUCAGGAGAUGACUGCGCUGACACGCUGCUGCAAGCAAGCAGCUGAGGAGAUGAAGGAUGCGGCCAUGCGAGCCAACACCUUAACUUUCUUCCCUGUGCGUUCCGAUCAAGACUGCAUCAGCGUAAAGGAUCUUGACUCCAAAGCUGGACGACUUGAGCGACUGACACAAAGCGCGAGGCGUAUGAAGAUGCACAUGCUGCACUUCGUGGCCAAGGGCGAAUGCGUCACCCCCGAGAUGGUGGAUCAGGUGGCUACCCGCUUUCCCGGCAUUUCCCGCUGCUAUCGAAAAGCAUACAGUGCAAUAAAGGAAGGGAAUGAGCUAUACACCACGUUUGGAGUCAAUCAAACCGACUAUAGUUGGCGGUGGCAGACGUCGGCAACUUUCUGCGACGCUUUGCAAUACACAUUAGAGCUCGCAUCCUCGCAUCCCAAAUUCGAUCACUUCAUAGCCGAGUCCAUCGUUAGCCCGUAUACCAGUCGCGGCAUGAUGCCUUCAUUCACACCUGGAUGCCAGAACGCCCUUCUCACGUGGAAGCCGGACCUGGCGCUGAUUCCGACCGAGACUGAUCUUGCUCUCGAGUCUUUUCUAGCCGACCCCCUCCCCCGAGAUACUGAUCGCCGUGUGACAUGGGACGAGCCUAUCGUACCUUUAGCUUGGUACUUCUCUGCUACAACUGUUGCAGUCGAUUACCUCAAAAGGUUGCCCCAGAGUACUCGAUUGCGCAUACGACUUCCUUUCAUCAUCCGGGAGAACAAAUUGGCCGUAGCUUACCCCGAGUCACACGCAAGAUCUCUUGAACCCUACCUCUGCGAGAAUAAAAACCUCCGGAUUGACUUGCACGUGGGGUGUUGGACAAACCUUACACACCCAUUCUGGCUACAUUCGCCUUUCGACGACCAAAACCCGAACGAAGGUAUAAUAUCGAAGGUAGAAUUGCUACGCCCGUUUGCAGACUUCUUGGACGAGGUUCUUUCUACCUUCGAUCGCAUCCCGCACCCCGAGGCUCUCAGCAUUCAUAUCGAGGGUCAUCAAGACGAAAGCCUCAUCGCAUGGGAGACGUUUAAGCAUGCAGCUAGCCUUCAAGAGGCCAUGCUCAAGUCUGACUAUAUGCAAGGACAUGACGAUGUACAACUCAGUGAGCUGUACGAUCCACUGUACUGGGGUAUAUCUUUGGGCGAAACGGCACUGAAGGAUAGAUUCCAAUUGCCUCAUCAUCUACCGGACUCAUUCUACGCGGUAGUCCGACAGAUCACCGAAGGUUCUGGCUCCAUCCACUUCGAUGGAGACGCUGGUACUCCUUGGGAUGCUAGAAGCAUGAUAGAAGCCCGGAAGCACUGGACACCGCAGCAAUUCCUCGACGAGUGGGACGCCGAAAUUUUCAGCAGAUCCGUGUCACGACCGCCAGGAGGCGUAGCAGCUUUCAAGCAAAUGUAUAGGCUGUAA